AUGGGUUCUAUCCAGCCAGCCGAUUUCCAACGAGCCGCGGUAGCUCCUGUUGCUCCGAAGCGUAUCGUCGUCUGUUGCGACGGCACUUGGCAGUCCUCGGUGACUGGACUUAAGAACAUUCCAUCCAAUAUUACAAGACUUGCUCGAUCAAUCUCACGCAGCGGUAAAGACGCGACCGGCCAAGUUUGGCAACAAAUCGUGCACUAUGAUGCCGGUAUUGGCACCGGCGAACUGACCAAGGAAGAGAAAGACCGCCAAGGAGGCUUCGGCAUUGGCUUCAUCCAGAACGUCAUUGAGGCUUACAACUUCAUCGUGCUCAACUACGCCCCUGGUGAUCAGAUUUUUUGCUUCGGGUUCUCCCGUGGGGCGUACACGGCACGAGCGGUUGCAGGCCUCGUCAAUGAUAUUGGGGUCAUCUCGCCGAGGGAUAUGCAAGACUUCCCAGACCUGUACGCACUAUAUCAAAAGAACGAGGACAGUCACGGAUUCAGAAAAUCCACCGUGUAUCGUGAAUGGGUGAAUGGUGUUCUUGCACAGGACCAGCCGACAAAUCCCAAGGAGUCACCACGAUACCUCAAACCCCCACAUAAAUCGGCCCCCGAAUCUUCAAGAGUCGUGCAAGUAGUUGGAGUUUUCGACACCGUCGGCAGUUUGGGAAUUCCAGACUUAUCAUGGACUCAAUACCACCUGAAAUUCCUUGAGAAAUGGCUAGACAUUCCCAAUGUUGGCUUCCAUAACGUAGCUCUCAGUCCUUAUGUCCGCCAUGCAUUUCAUGCCUUGGCGCUCGACGAGCACAGGGGCCCAUUCUCACCCACACUUUGGCAUGUUCCAGAGCUUGCUUCUCCCAAUCACAAGAAGACCCAUGACGAGAUUGAAGCAGAAUGGGACCAAGUCCAUGCGGACAAGAAUGCCACGGCUACUGAACUAUCUACAGCGUGGUCCGCUUUGAUUGACUGCGAGAUGUAUGAUGAGCUGAAGGGGACAGACUCUGAGUUGCUGCAGGUUUGGUUCCCAGGUGUUCACAUCAAUGUUGGCGGCGGUAGCGAUGACAUCUUGACUGAGAUGAAAGGAGACUUUGAACAACUUGCUUUGAUUACAUUUGCCUGGAUGUGUGAACAAGUUGCGCCAUACCUUCAGCUUGACACAGAUCUGGAUACCCUCGCCAGAGGCGCUGUCGAAGAUCGAUAUAGUCUUAUGCGACCAGCAUUAGAUGCCAUGGCCAAAGCUGACAAGGACGCACUCGGAAGUCCUCUGUCAAGCAAGGGUUUGGGGCUUCUGGAGAAGGCAGGUCUCAAGAAAGCACAGGUCAAGGGGAUUUCCAAGGAGGUCAUCAACGGUUGGGCUACCGGUCCAAUAGUGGACAGUUACGCCGGGUUAAUGGCGUUUGCCGGGUCGGUCCCCAGGACUCCCGGCCGCUACGCCGAAGACAAGUCCGGGAAAGUCAAGCUCGGGCAGACGAACGAGUACAUCCAUCCCAGUGUCGAGUAUAGAAAAAGAAGCAGGACUGACUACAGGCCAAAGCCGCUCGAAGGAUUCACUCGCUCCGCACGUCAGUCUGGUAGUAAGGGAUAUGAUUGGACCAGCAGCACAGUCACGAUCCCGGAAUAUGUCAUCAAACCGGAACAUCGGUUCACGCGCUACAUUGUCGCGCAGGAUACCUCGCGCACCGAAGGCACAGCCCAUGAUUUCAUUGCCGAGAUUGACAAGAUUAUUGGUUGA